AUGUAAGUAACUGCAGAAAAAAUUUGCUCUUUUUCAAAUCCUCUUUCCUCACCACAUGAAGUCAAUGGAUCCAUCUAUAUGGUAUCUGAGAAUGGAGACAUUUUAAUAAUGAAUAACGAACUUAAAAUUGACACUAGAAUGGGAGGAUAACCAUCAUCAAUUACAAUAGAACGAGAUCAUACAGUAAUCUAUAUUGCUGACAUGGCACAUCAAGCAAUUACAUACAAGCAAUUAAAUUAAUUAUCAUCAACUAAUCAGCUUUAAGAAGGAGUCAAGGAUUUCGUCACUGAAUAUGAUGGAAUGCCAUUCUUGGGUCCCAAUUAAGUUAUCAUCUCGUAUGUCACUCUAAGUAAUCGAGAAUAUGAUUUAAAUCCUAGACGCAGUAUUUUUUACAGAUUCAGGUCCUUUUGGAGAAACUAGUGUUGAAAACCCAAUUGGCUCAGUCUUCAUGGUUGAUGUAGACGGUCCAGAAAUCAAGCCAACUGCCUUAGCAUACAGAUGUUUAGCCCAUCCAAGCGGGUUGGCUUUGAGUCACGAUGAGAAGAACCUAUUUGUAAGUGAGACAUGUGAGAAUCGUAUAAUAAGGUUUGUGCUUACGAAUUCUGGGAUCUACGCAUUUAGGUAUGAUAUAUAUGGUAUUAUAAAAGCGUGUAUCAUCAAUUUUCAGGCAGAUUUGGACCCACAGCCCUUGUAAUUUCUUAAUCGGAUUUCCUUUAUGUUGCUCGUUUUGAAUUUUCAGUGGGUAAUGAACACGAUGUGGGGUUGAUAUCUGUUUUAAAUCCCUAAGGCUAACUUUUAGAGAAUAUUCUAAUUCCAGGAAGUCCAGAAAUAACAGGGAUGUGUUUUUCCGUCAUAAAACCAACAAAUCUAUAUUUGACUGACAAUUCAAAUGGAUCCAAUCGCUUAAUUAAAUGUGUCAUUCCUUUGGAGGAUAAGGACGAAGAAAAGAAGAAGAAGGACAAGGACUCUUAUAAAGUUAAAUGA